ACUCACAUGCUCUGUGAGUAGAGCACCCAGCUGCUACUAUUUGCCGUACUUGGACUUCUGCUCUCUGUCGUUGCCUUUAAAGCUUAAGAGUAGUCGCCGACAUUAUCUUACUCCUAAACAUACUAGCAUGCACUUAUCAAAAACAGACAUUUUUCUUACCUAGUUUUAUGGCAGUAAUCAAAUUUGAGCCAAACAUUGAUAUAUCUAACAUAAUCCACACCUAAAUGUUUUUUGUAGUGACUCCCAACCACCCCCCCAGGAUGAGCAUUCAUGACCCUUAGUUCUUAGUGAAUUUGUUUACCCAGAAAUCAAGGGUGGUCUUUGGCUUCUUCUGCAGGCCCUCUGUUGAAGGAUAAAACGAUGUUAGGAAUGUCCAAGAGGUCAUUGGCUGAGAAAACAAACUGCACAGAGAAAAUCUUGGUUUUGAAUUUUUUAAAUGUUUGGCUGGGUUUUUGGUGCCUUGAUUCAGCAGAGCCUACAAUGCAGUAGGGCUGGGUGAGCAUUACAGGGGCCGCAGAGCUCCCCUUUAUUUCAUAAUCCCAAUUGUUUUUCUAGCAACCAUCAAUAGACUCUAAAUGACUGACUCAAAUUUUGGAUCCAAUUCUCAUGACUAAGCAGAUGUUUGAUUUGAACUGCCCUCUAUAAAUGUCCCUCUGCCUGUGGUCCUGGAGCUGCCCUGGAUCUCUCUCAGUAGUGCGGGAAUCAACCUUUGCACACACAAUGUCUAAAACUGGAGGCAAGAUUAGUUUCUACGAAGACCGAAAUUUUCAAGGCCGCCGCUAUGACUGCGACUGCGACUGCGCAGACUUCCGCUCGUACCUAAGUCGCUGCAACUCCAUUAGAGUAGAGGGAGGCACCUGGGCUGUGUAUGAAAGACCCAACUUCUCGGGGCACAUGUACAUCUUACCCCAGGGCGAGUACCCUGAAUACCAGCGUUGGAUGGGCCUUAAUGACCGCCUGGGCUCUUGCCGAGCUGUUCAUCUGUCUAGCGGAGGCCAGUAUAAGAUUCAGAUCUUUGAAAAGGGUGACUUCAACGGUCAGAUGUAUGAAACCAUGGAAGACUGUCCUUCUACCAUGGAGCAGUUCCACCUGCGAGAGAUCCAUUCCUGUAAGGUGGUAGAAGGCACCUGGAUUUUCUAUGAGCUACCCAACUACCGUGGCAGACAGUAUCUUCUGGAUAAGAAGGAGUACCGGAAGCCCAUCGAUUGGGGUGCGGCAUCCCCCGCUAUCCAGUCGUUCCGCCGCAUUGUGGAGUGAUAGCCUGGAGUGGGACCAUAGAGUUCUCCCUAAGGGCUGAACUUGAGGGCUGAACUCUGCUGUCUGGCUUGUGGUCCAAAUAGACAACGUAAAUAAAAGCAUUGGAAUGCA